UUAAUAGGACCUGGCAACCCUGAGUCCAAGAUAAGGAUAAUAAUGGCGGCGCAAACCCGGGCGCUUGUUUCAGCCAAAUGGCUUGCAGAUGCGAUAAAAAGCAACCUUAUUGGACCGAAUCUUCGAAUUCUGGAUACGUCCUGGUAUCUAGCGAAAUUAAAACGCGAUGCAAAUGCGGAAUUUAACCAACAGCACAUACCUGGAACUUCGUUCUUUGAUAUUGACAAAUGCUCUGACAAAACUUCCUCGAUGGACCAUAUGCUCCCAACUGCAAACAACUUUGCAGAGUAUGUGGGGGGUUUAGGUAUAGGAAACGAUACACAUGUAGUAGUGUACGAUACCAGUGAUUUUGGGUCAUACAGCGCACCCCGAGUGUGGUGGAUGUUCCGAUUAUUUGGGCACAAUUCUGUAUCGGUCCUGGACGGGGGUAUGAAGAAUUGGCUGGCCGAAGGGCAUCCGGUCACCGCAGAAUACACCAAGCCAGAACGUGCGGACUUCAAGGCGACCGCCAAUCAUUCUUGGGUCAAGUCGUAUGAAGAUGUGCUGAAAAACAUCGAGACGAAACAGGUGCAAGUGAUUGACGCAAGAUCCGCCGGCAGGUUCCGGGGAACCGAACCAGAACCAAGAGAUGACAUUGAACCUGGCCACAUUCCUGGUACUAUCAACAUGCCUUUUGCCAAGUUCAUGGAUGCCUCAGGCAAGGAGUUGGAGCUUGAAGUGCUGACAAAAAUGUUCCAGGAGUCAGGGGUGGACUUGGAUAAAUCUUUCUGGGUAACCUGUGGGUCAGGGGUCACUGCAUGCCACGUGGUUCUGGCUGCUCACCUGCUGGGACAUUCAGGGUCAGUGUCUGUGUAUGACGGGUCAUGGUCUGAAUGGUUCAAAAGGGCUGCCCCGGAGCAUGUCAUCUCUGAGGGCAAGGGGAAGCAAGUGUGAUGUGGAGAGACGAAUAGAGAUGAGCAUUAAGGAAAAUACUGUUGAAUGAGUUGCUGAUUAAAAGCAUGAAGGGGACACUAUGAAUCAGAAAGGAAGCUACAGAUUGCACAAAAUAUGGAGGUUUUUACUGAUUUUGACUGAAGAUUUUUGCUGAGUUGGAUGAAUGUGUCAUUGCGAAAGAGGUUACCGUUCAAGAGUCCAUGAAUACAGUAUGCCUAUGUUUAUAUUCAAGAUGUCCAAUAAAGGUGUUACAAACUA